AUGUUGACGGAUAUUGGAUUUCUGAGUGGCUUAGUAUAUGGACUCAUAUCAAUGGCAGCUUAUACAUUUCUCCUAAUUGUAAUUAUACGUAACUGGAAAGAAUUCAAAAAUUCUUUUUAUGUCCUUUAUAUCGUCUCAUCAUUUCUGAACAUGGGCCAUUACUUUAAUCAACUGUUCAUCUAUAAGAUGCCUCAAUAUACAUGUUUCGGAUGUGUCAUGUCUCAUUUUUAUAAAAUGCAAACCUUCUUUGGAAUGGCUUUCUUUCAUUUCCUCUAUACUCAUCUUAUACUUGUACAAUACAAUAUGAUCUUACUAACAUCUCUUAAUCGUUUCACAAUGAUCUUUUUUCCGUUCUCUGUCGAACGAAUUUGGUCGACGCAAUUCACAACCAAAUGCAUCAUUCUGGCCAUUAUCUUGCCCGUCACAGCAGAUUACACCUUGAUUGGAGGAACUUCGAAAUUCAUUUAUCAAAUCAAUUUGGAUAAUUUCGAUCCUCGAUCAUCAGCUUAUGAAAAUAGUCUUUUUACUCGGUGUGCCAUUUACAUGGCCGUCAUUACAUUGGUUGCUCUCAUCAUCAAUGUAGCAUCUGUUACUCGUUUGGUUAUGUAUAAAUCUAAUGUAACCAAGAAGUCUGAAGUCAAUUUGCUUAUAAUGACAUUGUGCAACUUCUUUUUCCAACUAUUACUUACAACCUUAGUGGUGAUGGGUAACUUCGCUGAUGAUCACAACGAUCGUCACAGCAUCAUCAGUGUGCUUUACGUGGAACUAGAGCCAUAUCUAACAGAUUGUUUAUCCUUAUUAUCACCCUUCUUCUUAUACUUAUCAAGCUCCAAGCUAAGACAUUUCAUCAAUCAGAACAUCAAGCCGAAUACCUUCUCGCUUCCAUCCUAUCAUACGAAGUGA